AUGUCCAAUAACAAUCUUCAGAACCUCACGAGCCAAACGAAAACACCAUUUGCAAAUUUCUCGAAUCUGAUGGACUUAAACCUGUUUAACACAUCAAUCAACUUAAGAUUGAACAACACCGCAACGAUUGACAGCGAAACGUUCGUUGGACUUUCCGGAAUACAAGUUCUCAAUAUUUCGCACAACGUGGACCUACCACUUACAAACAAAACGAAUGAGCACGUUUUCAACCAUCUGACGUCACUGAAGAAACUCGUUUCGUAUCAGACGACUUUUAUUUAUCACAUCAAUCAUAGCUAUCCGAGCAAUUUAUGGAGAAACCUACAUUCCCUCCAAGAAAUAUGGAUUGACGGCUUUACUUUGGAGCCGUUUAGCAAAGAUUUUCUUAAUAUGUCGAAGGUAGUCGACCUAAGUAAUAAUUUUUGUUCUGUAGUCAAAACGGAUUUCUUCAAAGGUAUGUCCAACGUGAAGCGUCUGUACCUCCAACGUAAUAAUCUUUACUCUGCUGUUGAGAAUAAGAAAUUAUUUCACUCAAAUGUUCAUAUUGAAAUUAUUGAUUUGUCCGUCAAUAGAAUAAGUAGACUCCAUCCACUGCUUUUCGCGAAUCAAACUAAAAUGAGAAAGAUCAACUUGGCUUAUAAUAAUUUGAUGGCCUUUGAUAACAAGAUAGAAUUCGCCUUGGACAUUUUAAAACCAAAACUCAACGAACUAUAUUAUCAAGUGUUUACCUUUAACGAUAUUGAAUCUGGUCGUUCUAUCAAUGAUGCCGUAUCAAAUGCCAUUCAUGGCAGUAAGGUUGUUGUGUUCGUCGUGUCUAAAUUAUGCAACAAUGACCCGGAGUGGAAAUGUGCAGUGGAAAUGACUGAAAUAGAGAAUCUUAAAUGA